AUGUCCUCUUCUAAGGAUGGGAAGAAGAAAGAUCUGAGCAAGAUAAAGUAUUUUUGCUUCUAUCAUAUGGGUCACUAUGCUAGUCAAUACCCAAAUAAGAAAAACAAGGGUAAGUCAAAGAACCAAGUUGCGACUACUAUAGAGAGGGACAAGUUUGCAACACGGUUUGAGAAUGAGUUUUUACUCAUUGUCUUUCUCUCAAGUUCAAUUGCCAAAAGUGUAUGGUAUAUUGAUAGUGCGGCUUCUUGCCACAUGACGGGAGUCAGAGAAUAUUUCACCAAGUUUGAGGAGAAGAAGUUGGACUUCUGUAUUGAGCUUGGAGACAAUGCUAAGUACCAUGGAACUGGUUUUGGCAUGGUCAAGUUUCAGAGGGACUUUGGAAAACCUUUGUUGGUGGAGGACAUGUUGUAUGUCCCUAGUAUGACAAAUAAUCUAAUCUAUGUUUCUACUUUGGAGGACAGGAGUUACAUUGUGACCUUUGAAGGGGGCAAAGUCUAUAUUUGUCAUAAGAAUUACAAAGUAGCAAAAAAAAUUGGAGUUAGGCAUGAUUAUUAUGUUACUUUCAUUGAUGAUUUAUCCAAGAAGACGUGGAUAUAUUUUAUGAAGAAUAAAGAUGAAGUCUUCAGUAGGUUCAAAGAGUUUAAGGCUCUCAUGGAGAACCAAAUAGAGAGGAAGAUCAAGAUACUGAGAUUUGAUAAUGGAGGUGAGUAUACCUUGAAUGACUUCAAAGAUUUCUAUGCUCGGGAAGGUAUCAAGAAAGAUAUAAGUAAAAAAGAUUAA